AUGGCCCCGUACAAAGUGCUCAAGACCCGCCGUCGGGAGGACUACCCGUUCCAGCUCGAGUACCGCACGCGAUGGAACGACAACGACAUGUACGCCCACAUGAAUAACACCGUCUACAACGUACUCUUCGACUCCAUCAUUAACGCCUACCUCAUCGACCACUGCGACUUCCACCCCGACCGCCGCGAGCCCCAGUACGGCAUGGCCGUCAACACGCACACCGACUUCUUCGCCUCCAUCGCCUUUCCCCAGGUCGCUGAGCUCGGCCUGCGCGUCAUCCAGCUCGGCCGUUCCAGCGUGCACUACGAGAUCGCCCUCUUCGUCCGCGGUAGCCCCGAUGUCCGUGCCGUCGGCGUCUUCAUCCAGGUCUUUGUCGACGCCGCUACCGACAGACCCAAUGCCGAGACCGGCAUGCAUCCUACCCUCCGCAGCGGCCUCGAACGCAUUCUCGUCCAGCUACCAGGAGAUGGAGUCGACAGCAAACUGUGA